AUGUUUUCAAGAUAUAUCAGAACUGUCCUACCGCUGGCCAGGCAGUUGACCAGAUUACCCGCCAGAAGACUUCCACUCUACACAACAAGGCUAUAUUCUACUGAGCCUGCUAAAAGCCUCAAGUCAUCUACAUUCUCACUACCGAAGGAUACACCUCCUGAACUUGAGGAUUUCAAGUUGACAAAACUUAUUUCAGGCACAAGUGGGUUGAGAAUAGCUAUCACUGAUCGUGCUAAGGAUAAGUUGGUCCAGAUUGCUAAGGAUGACAACAACCCAGAUUCGGCAUUAAGGAUUAAGGUGGAGAGUGGCGGAUGUCAUGGAUUCCAAUAUAACCUCGACUUGACUAAUCUUUCCGAAGAACUUGAGAAAGAGAGUGAUCUCUUGGUAUUUGAGAGAGAAGAUGCCAAAGCAGCCAAGGUAAUCUUUGAUGAAUCGUCAUUGGAGAUUUUACAAGAUUCAAGGAUAGACUUCACGACGGAACUUAUCGGCACUUCUUUCAAAGUGACAGACUCUCCGUACACUUCUACGUCCUGUGGAUGUGGAGCAUCGUUCGACUUUGAUUUCGACAAAUUGCAUGCUGCCAAGGGCUAA